UUUCUUCAAAUUUUCUCUAAAGAAAGCCCAUGACACUUGACCAACAAGCCCACACAAGUGGUCAUUUUGCCCGCAUAGUGCGUACGGGUACAUCGGCGACGACGCUUGUCAGUUGUCCCACUUAUUUGCGAGUAGUUCCUGCUGAUUAUUGUCGGAUUCCAUCACCUGCUUCUACAUCUUUGCAAUUCGAUUGAUUCUUGCAUAUCUAAAUUCUAGAUAAUUUUGAUUUCAUACCUUCAACCUCUAAAAAAAUGUUGAAUCGUUGUUCAGUUAUGUUGUUUUUGCUGUUUUCUUGCUGCGUUGGGGCUUCCGAUGCUAGUGCUGGUGAUGCUGAUCCACUUUAUAGGUUUUGUGUGAAUCAAUGCAUAAAAAAUGGAUGUGUUGGUGAUAAAUGCUUUCCUUAUUGUAAUAUUUCUUCAAACAGCAAUUCAAUCAGCAGUCCGUGGUACAUGCAAGAACCACUUCACUUCAAGUGGAAACAGUUGAAUUGUCUCGGUGAUUGUCGCUACUAUUGCAUGAUUGAUAGGGAAAAAGAAAGGCAAUCUCUUGGUCAUGAACCUGUAAAAUACCAUGGAAAAUGGCCAUUCAAACGGGUUUUCGGACUUCAGGAACCUGCUUCCGUGGCUCUAUCUAUUCUCAAUCUGUUAAUGCACUUCCUUGGAUGGCUAUCCUUUUACAUCCUUGUAGAAUACAAGCUUCCCAAAAAACACAAUACAACUUUUUACGAAUACACAACUUUAUGGCAUAUCUAUGGAUUACUAUCGUUUAAUUCUUGGCUAUGGAGUGCUAUUUUUCACAGUCGAGACACUGAUCUGACAGAGAAGCUUGAUUACUCAUCUGCAGUAGCUAUACUUGGUUAUUCACUUAUUGUUUCAAUAAUGAGGAGUUUUCAAGUUAGGGAUGAAGCUGCCAGAGUCAUGGUGGCUGCUCCUCUUCUGGCUUUUAUAGCAACCCACAUAUUGUACCUCAACAACUAUAAAAUGGAUUACGGGUGGAACAUGAAGGUUUGUGUAGUCAUGGCUGUUGCGCAGCUUCUCAUAUGGGCAAUUUGGGCAGGGGUUGCUCGCCAUCCUUCACGUUGGAAGUUGUGGUUUGUGGUCAUAGCAGGUGGUCUUGCAAUGCUUUUGGAAAUUUAUGAUUUCCCACCAUAUGAAGGAUUUGUUGAUGCACAUGCACUUUGGCAUGCUACCACCAUUCCCCUCACGCUUCUGUGGUGGAGCUUCAUUAAAGAUGACGCCAGAUAUCGAACGACUGACCUUACAAGGAAGUUAAAGUGAGCAUGUCUCCUGUGAGCGAACGUUGUUAUCCUAACCCCAUUGUUGGUUUGGUUGUUGCCCGAGUUGGUCCAAAAGAUGCUACUGGUUCUUCCUGUAUGUGAUUUUGUUGAAGGUUAAUAGUCAAGAAGAUGAUCAAAUUUUAGACUGAAUCCCAACAUGAAUCCAAAAAUGCACUAUAAAGAAUCAUUUGUUGACUCCAAGUUUUGAUUUCCAGAAUUUUUUUUCAUUGGGAUUUGUAGAUGAUACCAUUAGUCCAUUACAAUGUUUUUAAUACCUCCUAUGCUCCAUUU